AUGGAUAAACAGCCUCUGCAGUCAUCCAAAAUUGACAGAGAUAAUGAUGCCAUUGCAUUUGAAAAUAACAUCCAGCAACUGAGUCCAUCUGAAGAGGAGGAAGGAAAGGAAGUUUUUUCCACUGUUGGGGAAACAAAGAGUCAGAGCUGCAAAGGGGAUGAUGAUUUGUCAGACUUUUUCAAUGAAAGUAAAGAGCAGGAAUAUCCAUCUGCAUCAGGGCAAACAGUUGUAAGAAAUCUCAAGAAUCUAAAAUUUGAGGCUUGUGCUCCACAACAGGAAAAAGGAGAAAAGAAAAGUUUCAACUGUUUUUACGGCACGUUCACCUCAGUCAAGUUAUGGAGUCUUAGGUGUCAUUUGAAAACCCAUUUAGAUGAGAAAUGUCACGCGUGUCACCUCUGCCCGAGCUUCCAUACAGCAGCUCUGCUGCACAGCCAUGUCAACACACACACAGGGAACAAACCCCAUAAAUGCAGUGAGUGUGACACAGCCUUUGUGACCCAAGGGGAACUUGCAGGACACAGGAGGUACAAGCACACUUUGGAGAAGCCUUUCAAGUGCACAAUAUGUGAAUACUCCCGUGUAGAAGCCAGCAGGAUGAGACGCAGCGUUCGCUCACACACGGGAGAGCGGCCCUACCCUGCCCUGUGCAGCAGCAAAGAUGCCUACGAGCUGAGAAGGCUCAUGCUAACUCACACAGGUGAAAAACGCUAUGAAUGUUAUGUUUGCCAGGCCAGAUUCACUCAGAGUGGUACCAUGAAAAUCCAUGUGUUACAGAAACAUGGAGAAAAUGUGCCAAAACACCAAUGUCCACAUUGUAAUACUUUCCUUUCUCGAAAAAGUGAUUUGGGUGUCCAGCUGAGGAAUCUGCAUGGAAGGGGCAGUGAAGUGCAGGGGCUGAGAGCUUCCCAUGAGCUCCACACCUUCCUGCAGCACAGGAGGGCUCACAGGAGUGAGAGCAGCUUCAGAUUUUACAUGUGA